UAGUAUACCAAAUCUGAGAGGAUGCAAACAAGCAUUAGGGUUUAGUUGCUCUGCGCUGGAACGAACUGUGAGUUGCUUGGCGUCGCCAGUGUUCGUCUCAAACUGAUUGGCUUGAAUUAUAUACAAUCAACUCAAUUUGAUUGGCUUCUACGUGAUUUUCAAUUUUAUUCCUCGCUUUUAUUUGCACCUGAUUGUAGUGGCAUUCUUUCAAUCGUAUCGAAAUUGCCACCAACUGUGGAUUGGUCAGGGACGUAGGGUUUUUCGUGAUUGAUCGUUUAAGAUCUCAUUGAAGGAGGCAAUCUCGUUUGUUUCACUCAUGAAAAUGAGUAAGACAGUCGUCACCAUUUUGGCCGUCGUCUUUUGUUCCAGCGGAUUGGUUUCUUCUCGCAUUCACCAUAAGGCCGAUUCCAUCGUCAUCGAAGUCGAACCGAAAGCAGCUGGACGAAAAGAACGUUAUCUGAACGCUGCCGGCAAAUUAUGGUUACCAUUUUUGAUUCCGGCUUGGGAUGCAGAUCUUUUAAAGAAGGCCAUGAAGUACAAAUUGCCGCACGUACCAGCCAACACCUACCUGAUAACAGAGAAAUCCGACGAAUGCUGGAUGCCGGACGGUACCUAUGGCGUUUGCAAUUCGGCCCUUUCGUGUAAUCUACGUGACAAACUCCACGAAGCCCGUUACCCUCUAUCCAGCAUGUUUUCGUCUCGCAAUACCUGUCGUUACAUCACCAAUGGCAGAGAGGAAACAGGUGUUUGCUGCCCAAGGGCACCAUCCAAUUUCGGUGGCAUGUUUGCUUGGCCGUACCCUCUUUUCAUGAUUCCAGUCUCCGUACAAGACAUGGUAAUGACAUCUCUGACCGCUAAUUGGCCGUGGCGGGACCCUCAAACCACGUCGACAUCUUCACCUUCUACCAGGACAAGUCCUUGGUGGGUACCUGAUAUUUCAUCGACGACAGCCUCACCUUCUAGCACGACGAGUCCUUGGUGGGUACCGGACAAUUCGACGACCACAAGUCCUUGGUGGGUCCCCGAAUCGCCAUCGACAACGGCGUUACCCUCCACUUGGUGGGUGGCUGAAUCUUCGUCAACGACGACGUCUCGUCCUACCACGACCAGUCCUUGGUGGACUCCGGAGGCCACUACGUCGACGAUAGCGUCGUCUUCUACAGGGACACCUCCGUCUUGGACAACUGGAACACCAUCUACAACGACGACAUCUUCUAGUACGACGAGCUCUUGGGUUGCUGAAACGUCGACGACAACCACUUCACGACCAACCACAACGAGCCCGUGGUGGUUUCCGGAUGCUUUGUCGACGUUGAAAUUGCCAGUUGUUACUAGUACCCAUCCGGCGAUAGAAACCAGUACGGUUGCCAUGACAACUGUCAGCCAAAGCUCAGGAGGUAGUUGUGGUAGAGGACCUUUCAAACUCAUCGAGUGGCCAAGAAUCAUCGGUGGAACAACAUCAGCCAAAAAUGCAUGGCCUUUUGCCGUUUCCUUGAUGUCUAAUGAUCGCCAUUUCUGUGGCGGUUCGUUGCUGGACGAACACCACAUCUUAACAGCAGCUCAUUGCAUAGCACCGCUUCCAACAGAAGAGCUUAGCGAAGUGGAAAUCAUAUUAGGUUUACACACGUUGAAACCGUUGGACCCGCAAAUCGUGCGCCGGAAGCUGAAACGCGUCGUGCGGCACAAAGGUUACCAUUCGGAUAGCUUCUACAACGAUAUUGCCAUAUUGAAGAUGGAUUCACCGGUCGAGUUCAGCGAUACAAUUUCACCCGUCUGUUUGCCAUCGUUCGGUACCACCGAUCUUUAUGUUAAUAAAGCAGCCGUCGUUGUCGGAUGGGGGGCAUUGCAAGAGGGUGGUAAAUUGCUGCCCACGUCGUUGCAACAAGUGACAGUUCGAGUGCAAACGAACGCCGAAUGCCGUAAGAGCUACGGUUCCGAUGCACCAGGUGGAAUACUCGAUAACAUGUUGUGUGCCGCCAGUCCUAACAAGGACUCUUGCAUGGGUGACAGUGGUGGUCCUUUAGUUGUACAAGCAUCUCCGGGCUCUCCCUGGAUUCAAGUCGGCAUCGUCAGUUGGGGAAUAGGAUGCGGACGAGACACCUUUCCGGGCGUGUACGUCAGGACAACAUCUUUUGUCGACUGGAUAAAGAAGAAUUUAUAUUGAAAACAAUGAAAUCUUCUUUAAAUGUCGAAGAAAACAAAAAGGAGGAGGGAUAAUGGAUGUCCGUCGCAUCGGAUAUUCUGUAGACUACAAGUUGAAGCCUCAAAAUGUGUGGCGCUGUCGUUGAUUUUGGAAGCUCGGAAUUAACAAAUCCGAAUAUUCCUCGUUUUCUUAUUUAAAUGGGUCAAAUAUUUUUUUAAAUGUAUUUAAUGAAACUUUAAUUACAUAACGUUAACCAAG